AUGGAGAGGCGCGCUGUGACCGGAGUUGCUGGCGGAGGCGCGCGCAACAACCGGCGCUACAGGUGGAGAGGCGCGCUGCGACCGGAGUUGCUGGCGGAGACGUGCUACCUGCAGCGAUUGGAACUGCAGGCGGAGGUGCGCGAAACGCCCAGCGCUGCAGGUGGAGAGGCGCGCUGUGAUCGGAGUUGCAGGCGGAGGAGCGCGCAACAACCGGCGCUACAGGUGGAGAGGCGCGCUGCGACCGGCGUUGCUGGCGGAGGCGCGCGUAACAACCGGCGUUGCUGGCGGAGGUGCGCGCAACAACCGGCGCUACAGGUGGAGAGGCGCACUGCGACCGGAGUUGCUGGCGGAGAGGCGCACUGCGACCGGAGUUGCUGGCGGAGAGGCGCGCUGCGACCGGAGUUGCUGGCGGAGGCGCGCGCAACAACCGGCGCUACAGGUGGAGGCGCGCUGCGACCGGAGUUGCUGGCGGAGGCGCGCGUAACAACCGGCGCUACAGGUGGAGAGGCGCGCUGCGACCGGCGUUGCUGGCGGAGGCGCGCGCAACAACCGGCGCUACAGGUGGAGAGGCGCGCUGCGACCGGCGUUGCUGGCGGAGGCGCGCGCAACAACCGGCGCUACAGGUGGAGAGGCGCGCUGCGACCGGCGUUGCUGGCGGAGGCGCGCGCAACAACCGGCGCUGCAGGUGGAGAGGCGCGCUGCGACCGGCGUUGCUGGCGGAGGCGCGCGCAACAACCGGCGCUGCAGGUGGAGAGGCGCGCUGUGACCGGAGUUGCAGGCGAAGGCGCGCUGUGACCGGAGUUGCAGGAGAAGGCGCGCAGCAACCGGAACAGA